AUGCCUCCCCCUCUCGUUUCUGAAAUCGAACCAUCUUAUCAGAGAUUUAGGGUUAACCCAAAUGAUGAAUUCAUUGGCGAAGAAGAAGAAUUCGAUCGAGUGCUUAUGACGAUGACUGAUCGAGAUGGUAAAACUCUCUAUGAAAGCGAAGUUUUGCCGCUUCUACACGAAAUUAUCCGACAAAACAAUCUCGAAACACUCAGGCAAUAUUUUACUCGUGCGCCUUGGGCCGUCCCAAAGCUUCCGAAUGGUGUAGAAGAAUUUAUUGAAGAAAACGAUCUCUUCCUCCUGGCUGUCGAAAGUGGAAGUCUUGAUAUACUUCAAUGGCUUCUAACCAACGCGAAGAGAGAUACCAAUUCUGCCCAACUAAUACGAUUCAAAACUCGCGGAUACCAGCUGCUGAAUGAAGCUGCCAGGUACGGUCAUAUCGAGGUCGUGCAAUUUUUACUCAAUCAUCAGCCAUUAUAUGCCAGCAUCCACGAUCGAGAUAGCAAUGGCUACACUGCUAUAUUGUCAGCUGCAGAUGUCUAUUCAGACACAUAUUGCUACACAGCCGAAUGGGAUAAAGUUUGUCUGGAGAACAACGAGGCGAUAAUCAAUCUACUGCUGGAUCGGGGUGCUUGCGCUUCUGAUACUAUCCCCCUGAUCAAUAAUCCUGAUAAGACCUUGGAUACUGUUCUGACUUUGGUUGUAAAGUGGGCAUGCCCUGAGUUGAUCAAGAGACUUGUUGAUUGCGGUGCUGAUGUUCAUGCUACUGUAACAAAAUGGACAAUGCAGAUCGAUCUCAGGACCAGUUUUCCUACCGUUUCUGGCGUUAAUGCGCUAGCCAUUGCGUGCUAUCAUGCAAACUUCAAGGCCGUCAAGACUCUAAUGGACUGCCGAGGUGUUGGGGUAGAUGUCGCGAGUAUGGCGUGCUUUCGAGACAGUUCAGCAGGACUUCCUCUCCACUGGGUGACUCGAAAUAAUUUGCCAGAUGAGUUUGAUUACAUCCCGGAAUCACUGCUAGAUGAAAGGGUGCGGAAUAUCACUAGCCUUAUUAGACUCCUCCUCGACUUGGAUCCUACAGCAGUCAACAUGCAAGACCAGGAUGGAUUCGCACCUUUACAUUAUGCUACACAAACCUUUGGUCGAAACACCCAGUUGUACACUCCAAUCUUCGAACUCUUAUGUAAGAGAGGUGGGGAUGCCAGUAUACGCAACAACAAAGGCGAAACACCUCUGCAUACCUUGUUCGGAAGGUGUAUGGCCAAGGUACCUGUCGACCCAGCUGCUGUAUCUGUUUUACUCGCCCAUGGAGCAAAGGUCACGGACACUGUUAAUGGGAACAAACCUUUGCAUAUGGCAGCCGGAAACCUACAUUUUGCUGAUGCUGUAUCGGUGUUGCUAGAUCACGGUGCGGACCCUGCGGCAAAAGAUUCGUCACAAGCGACGGCUCUCCACAAGGCUGCUGUUGGUAGAGCCUGGGUAAGCAGGGUUGGUUGCACAGCUGAGAAAAGAAGGAGAUUGCAAGACGACAUGCUGGCGAGACUAGUGAAAGCUGGAGGAGUGGAGUUAUUGGACCUACCUGAUGCACAUGGUCAAACUCCACGACAAAUAUGCCAAAGGAAAAGAGAGCAAUGGAGAAUUGCUGAGUUACCUCAUACACCCCCUGGACAAAUGAGAUUCACUGAUGGGCGUGUGUACCCGGGAAUUGGAAGGGGGCGUGGUCGUGGAAGUGGACGGUCUGGACGAGGAAGGGGUCGAUGA